AUGCGCAAAAAGGCUUCUGUCGAUCGAGUCUACCCUUCCCUGAGCGGGGGUCUACAGAUGGACAGCUGGGUUUAUGAUCGUCCUUGUGUGGUUGCGGGCUUCUACCGACAUCCGGUCAAUGGACGGAUUGUUCAAGUUGCUCCGCUUACAUCCCGACCUAGAGACGAAUCAGUAUUGAAUAACUACCUGCCCCUCGCUCCUAGCAGCCCUAUCAACGGGUUUCAGCUCUCAUUGCGAGGUAACCGCAGGCUUGACAGAAUGGCCUACGUCAAGAAGGUGCGAUUCGAAGUGGAUGUGCGGCUCCUCACUUUACACAAUAGUGCUAGGCACGAUAUGCCGCGCCUGACCAAGGCUUCAAUAAAAGUACUCCUGGAGGAACUACCAGCGGCGAUUCCAUGGGUGCCAGUGCCAACCCCGCCUGUUUUGAUAUCGCAAGGAUCCGCCCCUGCUCCUGUACCUGCUCUUGCUCCCGCCCCUGCCCCUGGCACUGCGAGUACUGCCUCUGGCACAUCGAGUACUGCCCCUGGCACCGCGAGUACUGUCCCUGGCACAGCGAGUAUUGCCCCUGCUCGCCUCGCCAUGUCGGUAUCGACUUCAAGCGUUGGGCAGGAUACCCCGACCUUGGAACCAAAUCAUGCAAGCAGCUCCCGCCCUGACUCUAGCCCCAGCGCUCGCUGUCAGCAAGAAAGUACGGAAAUCGACGAGUCUCAACCACUCCUUCUUGAUUGCUUUUCUCAUACACAGCCCCACUACACUGCGACAACGAGCUCGGAUAUCGUUAACACCCCACACCAUAACCUCAAAGAGAGCUCCCACAGUAAGAGCAUGCCUCAACGCACUCGACCCUACCUCCAGACUCCGUUGAAGCUUGUCCUCUGUAUCCCGAUGUUGUUACUCCUGAUUCCUAUCGUUGUCCUGGAGGCUCUCCUGGCUCCCGUCUUUUCUGCUCUGUUGCGCCUGCUCGGUGAAUUUCGUGAAGUUGUUACAGAUGGAAACGCGGGACUGGUCGUAGCGUGGCAUCGGCUCGGAAGAGUCCUGGUCGCUACGCUGACAUCGGGAGAAGAUCCUGGGGUUGUGGUUGGGCCUAUGAAGGACGAGGAGUAUCACGGUAGAUGUGGUUCUCUGCUCUAG